AUGCUUCUUCGAUAUCCUAAUCUCAUUUUGAUACUAAUAUUGAUUCUGAUAAUACCUGUUCAAACCGAAGAAUUCAAGUUUAGAAUUGAAAACGUCAAAUAUCAAAGACCAGGUAGUAUCCGUUCUAAACGAGAUACGUUUGUCAGAAGGGAAUCUGGAGUUGCUCAAAACGUCACCCAUCUUCUGAAUGAUGUUCUCAACAACUAUGAUCAACAUUUCCGGCCUGGAUUCAAAUCAGGAAAACCAACCAAAGUUUACAUUGAUCUUUUCAUUCGAACAAUGGGUCCAGUCGCUGAUCUGGCAUACACCUACUCCUUCAAUUGCUAUUUUCGCCAAAAAUGGACAGAUGAUAGAUUACACUUUAAUAAUAGCGGCAUUGGCUUUCGACAACUUUCUCUGAGUAUGGCUAUGCUCGAUAAAAUCUGGAAGCCUGAUACGUACUUCUGGAAUGGAGCUGGAAGUUAUGUUCAUGGAAUCACAACUCCGAAUCGUCUAGUGCGAUUGGAAACCGAUGGAACAAUUUUAUACUCGAGUAGAAUUACAGUGAAAGCCAAAUGUCAAAUGGACAUGAGUCGUUAUCCACUUGACAAGCAAGCAUGCCGUCUGAUAAUUGGUUCAUAUGCUUAUUCAUCUGAUGAAGUACAAUACAAAUGGAGAAUAAUGGGAGAGGACAAUGGAGUAAAAAUCGACUAUGAAAGCAUUGCUGACCUUCCACAGUUCUCUUUAUCCGGAUUCAAAGUUUAUGAAGCUGCUAAUUUGACAAGAGAUAAAGAGUAUUCUGCUUUGGAAGUUCGAUUUUAUUUUGAUCGCCAUUUUGGAUACUUCUUGAUGAACUUCUAUGUCCCAUGUGCACUUGUUGUGUUGUUAUGCUGGGUGGCAUUCUUCACAAAACGAGAAGCAACUGCCGAAAGAAUCGGAAUCGGCAUCACAAACGUGCUGACUAUUGUGUUGAUAUCUCUGGAUAGCAAAUCAGACUCUCCCAAAGUUGAUAGUCCCACAGCUCUCGAAGUUUACAUUUGGAUUUGUUAUCUUACACAUUUGAUUUGCAUGGUGGAGUUUACAGUAGUCCAUUAUCACACUAAAUACAACACGGGAGACCCGGAGAUUCAAGAAGUCGAGAGAGAACGAUUGAGACAAAUAAUUAAGCAAAUUCCAAAAAAUACAAACAAUCGAUCAUAUCCCUCAUUUAAACGUCGAAAUGCUGCUCAACCAGUGUCAAUAACGAGAUCUCUUCCAAAUAAAACAACUCGAUUUAUGUCAGUUCGUCAUCCGAAAAAGAGUGAGCAAUUCGAGUCAAUUCAGUUGAUGAGAAAGAUAAGUCAUAUGGAAACUACGAAUACGAAUGUGAUUGAGAAUGAAGUUGAAAGUAGUUUGAAUCUUGAAUCGAUUCGUCAGGAAAAUGUUGGAUGGCGAUUGUAUUACUGGAUGAUUGAUCACAAUAUCAAAACGGACCCAUUCGGGGUGGCUCAAAAUUCCAUCAGCCGAAUCGACAAGAUUUCUGUCGUUGUGGCUCCACUAAUAUUCAUUUUGACGAUUGCGUUGUAUUAUGAUUUUUAUGUCAACAGACAGUUCAAGUUUCAUUUCGAUAAUGAUUUUAGGAAUUUUUAG